CGUAAAGACGGAUAAUCCGUUUUCCUUUCUUCACUUUAUAACUCUUGUUUGUCUCUUCUGCCCACCAUGGAUCCUCCUGCCUGUUACCCAGAAAAGCAGUCUCAGUCACGCUGAAGAGCGUCUCAGUUCCUUAAAUUCUUUUGGAGAAAAGAGAAGAAAGGAAGCGGUACAAAGAAACUGCAGUCUCAGACCCCAUGAUGUUUCUGUCGAGGUGAAGGACCAGUUUUUUUGUUUUUUUUAAAGUUACUGCUUUAGACGACUGGCUCUCGCUUCAAAAAUCGUGCCUGGCUGUCAGAAAGAUGAGGCUCUCAUUAGCGGCACAUUUCUUUCUUUUACACCUCUGUAAUCUGGUAAUGGGGAACGCUGAGAAUUCCCCGAGGAUGAUAUUCACAGAAAAAGAAACAAAAAUGAAAAGGUUCAAUCUUCAGGACAAGGCACCUGUACAGAUUCUUCUAGAAGGGCAGCCGGACACAGUUUUAGCUGCUGGACAAACAGACCUGAAUACCUACAACUUUCAAAACAGUGAGAAGUCACAGAAUCAUAUAGUUAUGCGGUGGAAGGAAUGCAACGGUGAACACAGUGAACAGGAUUGCAGCUAUAACAUCACUUUGGUCCACCCGAGGGAAGACACUAACCAGCUGUUUGUGUGUGGAACCAAUGACAGGGAAACAGUUUGCUGUAACACGGACUUAACAGAGUCACCCUUGUGCACUCCCUCUGAAAAUAUGAAGAGUUUAAGAGAAGGAAUAAGCAGAUUUAUCAUAAAGAAGGGUGAACCGUCAGCCCUUGUGGAAUCUGAACAAAGUACAGAUCUCUACAUAACAAACUCUGGAUCUCAAGAUAAUGUUGGCAUUCACAAGUUUGGGAAAGGAAGAGUGCAGCCAUCAGCCCACCAUAAAGAGCAGUAUUAUGUAGGUUUGGUGCUCAGCAGACGCAAAGAGGAUCCCUCCCAGAGCAGAGUUUAUGGCUUCUAUAAGGAGAAAAACAAAGACCGUGGACUGUACAGUAAAUUGUGGCUCCCCUUUGUGACUCAGGUUUGCAUGACAGAUGUUGGUGGUCCUAAGAACAACCUGCAGUUUAUCUGGACAUCCCAGAUGAGUGCCAGGCUCUUCUGUGGAGACCCUGAGAGAGGACAGUAUUACUCUGAGCUCGUAGAUGUGGCCACUGUGCAUGCAGAGCGAUGGCAAGAUACUAAGAUCUACGCACUCUUUAGAAACGAAUGGGGAAUGAGUGCUGUUUGCAUCUACACGAUACAAGACAUCAACAAAAUCUUCACAAACUCCCUGUUCAAACACUACACAAGAGACCAACUAGAUGUUCCAAGGAUGUGUGCUCCUGACAGCACCAAGAUACCAGUGGACAUCCUGAAAAUGAUCGAUAAGACUUCAGAGAUGGAGCAGUCAGUUCAGCCUGUGGAUGACUCUGACCUUCUUCUCUUGAAUCAUCACGACUAUACUCAGAUCCAUGUUGACGGUUCACCGAACAAGAGAAGCAGCAGCAGCACCGUUAUCUUCUUAUCUCUAAGUAAUGGAAGGAUUCAUAAGGUGAUGCACAACAAAAGUCACCCCUUUGUCAUUGCUGAGUAUCAACCAUUCAACUACAGUGCACACAUCCUCAGCUUCAUCCUUCACCCAUCUUCUAAAAAGUUGUAUGUGAACACUGGAAAUGAACUGGUCCAACUUGAUGUAGCAAACUGUGCCCAGUAUGGAAAUACUUGCGAGGACUGUAUCUUAUCCAGAGAUCCUUACUGUGGCUGGAACGGUGCCCACUGCACCCCUGAGACAAAUGAGAUAUGGCAUGAUGCAGCUACUGGGAACCUAAGCGUGUGUGAAGAACACACUGCACAAGUCUUUGCUAGUGGUAUUCCAAAUCUAGACAAGAAUGUAAUCAGCAUCAACCUUCAUGCAAAGCAUUUCUUGCGGUGCCCAGUGUCGUCUCGUCAUGCUCAGUACAGCUGGCACCACCUUAAAAACUCCACAUCUUGCAGCUGGAAGACAGAGCAUUGCCUUUAUUUGAUCGACAGCAUGGAACCUGAGGUGGAAGGAACUCACACUUGUGUAUUAGAGGAAAUGGGUUACAAGAAAGUUCUGGUACAGUAUCAACUACAGCUGGAGAACAAGGUGAUGGGGUGCAGGUCAAAACCAAUGAUCUGGGUUUGUCUGAUGGUGGUUCUGAUUAAGAGUUUGUACUAUUAAUUACUCAGAGUUGUUAGAGUCUAGGUUUCUCAUGUAAAAUCUUUAAGUAUUUAGGACCACAAGUCCUAAUUCUUUAAUUUUUUUUUAAAGCGAAAAAAUUCUUUUACUGAACUUACGAUACUUAUGUUUACAGCGGUGUAAAUGGUAGUUGGUGGGAGCUCCUCAAAAGUAAACUUUUCUUCAUGUUGAAGUUUGUUGAGCAGGUGAUUUGAUGAAAGACUACCACCAAUUUUUUCACAGUUUUUUUUUUUUUAAUGGCAAUUACAGUAGUAAAUGCGGCUGUUUUGGAUGUUGGAAAAAAAUUUUCUUUCGCUCCACCUGAGCUCACAGCUUAAUAACGGCUCCGCCUCUGUGCUCUUCGCCGCACAGGCCUGUUGUUAGUGGCAAAUGUGGGUGAAAUCCUCAUGCUUGCAGGGUGACAACUGAGCCCUGCAGAGUCAUGCAUUAA